AUGGGUCACAAUCAUGGGAAAUCCAGCAGGGUUUCGAUGUUGAAGCAAGGAGUAAUUGCGGGUUUAUUUAGAGAAGAGUUGAGGAAGAAUGUAAACUUACAAGCUGCAGUGAUCAAAGAUACAAUCAAGGAGCGGUAUAACAUUGUUGUUCCAAUAUCAAAGUGUUAUAGAGGGAGGCGUAUUGCUUUAAUAACUAUCAUGGAAGCUCAAGUCACUCAAUUUGCUAAGCUAUGGGAUUACGAAGCUGAGCUCAAACGAACACAUCCCAACAUCAGAACUGAUCUCUGCACAAUCCGUAAAGACGAUGUGGGAGUGGACAUGUUUGAUUGUUUCUACAUUUGCUUUGAUGAGUUUCGAACAACAUGGAAGAAUUGUUGCAGGCCAGUGAUUGGUUUGGAUGGAUGCUUUCUCAAAUGGGAGUUGAAUGGUGAUUUGCUUUCAGCUGUUGGAAGAAAUGCAGACAACAGAAUGUAUCCGAUUGCAUGGGCAGUUGUUAGAGGUGAGACUAAAGACACUUGGGGCUGGUUUAUUAAGAAGCUUAAAGUCGACAUUGACUUAGGGAAUGGAGAGAACUUCACAAUAAUAUCUGAUAAGCAGAAGGGUUUGCUGAUUGCCAUGGAUGCUGAACUUCCAAAAGCAGAGCAUCGUAUGUGUGCAAGACAUAUCUAUGCUAAUUGGAAGAAACAAGGUUUUUCGAGAUCAGAGUACAAGAACUUGUUUUGGGGAGUUGCCUACAGCUACACAGAAGGAGAGUAUGAUGCGAAUAUGGAGUUGGUUAAGGCAUAUGAUCCUUCUGCGUAUGAUGCUAUGCUAGUCACGGAACCUCAUAGGUGGUGUUGUGCAUUCUUCAGUGAAGAGUCUCAUUGUGCUGAUGUUCACAAUAAUCUGUCUGAAAGCUUCAAUAGAACCAUUAAGAUUGCUAGAUCAAUGCCUGUAAUCAGUAUGCUGGAGGAGGUAAGAAGACAAGCAAUGAGAAGAGUAUCUAGAAGGUUUCUUAAAGCAGAAAGAUGUGACACAAUUGUGAUACCGAUCACAAAGAGAUUAUUGGAGAAAUCAAGGCUUGCUGCUGCUUACUGCUUGACAACAAGAAGCAGCAAAAGUUUGUAUGAGGUGCGAGAGUAUAACGACAGCUAUGCUGUGAAUAUAUCUACUCACCAGUGUGCCUGCCGCAAAUGGGAUCUCACAGGUAUACCAUGCAAACAUGCGAUCUGCGUUUUGGAUGAUAACCAAGACGAUCCAGUGAGAUAUGUCCCGAAUUAUUACUACGCAUCUGUUAUGAAGAAGACAUAUGACUAUAACAUCAAACCUGUGAAUGGUGAGAAGAUGUGGAAGAGAACGCAUAAGCCUCCAGUAGGCAUUCCUGAGAUGCGGAAACAGAGAGGUCGUCCAUUUGAGGAUCUACAAAGUGCAGGCAAGUCAACAAGACAUGGAAGAUUCCCACAUUGUAGUCGAUGCAAGGAAGCUGGACAAAUCAAGAGUGGUUGCAAGAACAAAGAAGUUGUCUUCUAUGGACCAAAAAACAGACGUGGUCGUCCACGUAAAUUUCCAAGUGAUGACACUCCUAAACCACCGUCAAAGCCUAGAAAGCGCAAAGCUCCCAACAAUGCAAGUUCCUCUCACCCUUUACCUGUACCAGCGAGUGGUGAAGCUGAAGUAAGUUCUAGUGCUCCUCAGCCUUCGGUGUCCACGAAGCAAGUCAAACCACAUGUCAAGAAGGCUGCGAGGGGUAAACAACUCAAGGUAAAGAAAACCAUACCAGUGGCUUAUGGAGUGGGAACAUUCUGGAGUCCAUACACUAAUCGCCCUUUCGAGGUGUUUGGAGACCGUGUCCAUGAUAGGAGUGGCUUUGAUCAGCAUAGGAGUGGCUUUGAUCAGCAGCCUCCACAUGAACCAACCUUGCAACCUCAACAAGCUCUAAAUAUGCAGUCUCCACAAGACCCAAGCUUGCAGCCAACAGAAGAUGGAAACACUUGA